CCUCCGGUCCCUUGCCAUUUCCCUUUUUCUUUCCCUUUGGAGAAGCUCAGUCCUGGACUUCGGAGACUUUUUACGACAUUGGGUCUCAGAGUCGGUCUUAGCGCCAGGUCCACUUUUCGGCAAAGUGACGUGGACGUCAACAGCAAUGGCGGAAGGAGAAGAGGUUCUGCUGCCGCCAACGUCGAGCGGCGACGGGUGGGAAAAAGAUCUUGAAGAAGCUCUAGAAGCAGGAGGUUGUGAUCUUGAAACUUUGAGAAAUAUAAUUCAAGGGAGACCACUGCCUGCUGAUCUGAGGGCCAAAGUUUGGAAGAUUGCUCUGAAUGUUGCAGGAAAAGGUGAUAGUUUGGCAUCAUGGGAUGGUAUUUUAGACCUGCCAGAACAGAAUAUUAUUCACAAAGAUUGCCUACAGUUUAUUGACCAGCUUUCAGUGCCAGAGGAAAAGGCAGCAGAAAUACUUUUGGAUAUUGAAUCUGUAAUCACCUUUUAUUGUAAAUCACGUAACAUUAAAUAUAGCACAUCCCUUAGCUGGAUACAUUUACUCAAACCAUUGGUGCAUCUUCAACUGCCACGCAGUGAUUUAUACAACUGCUUUUAUGCUAUCAUGAAUAAGUACAUUCCCAGGGAUUGUUCCCUGAAGGGGAGACCAUUUCAUCUCUUCCGAUUACUCAUCCAAUACCAUGAACCUGAGCUUUGUUCUUUUCUUGAUACAAAGAAAAUUACUCCAGACUCCUAUGCACUCAACUGGCUUGGAAGCCUUUUUGCAUGUUACUGUUCCAUUGAAGUCACUCAGGCAAUAUGGGAUGGAUAUCUACAACAAGCAGAUCCAUUUUUUAUUUAUUUCUUAAUGUUAAUUAUCCUUGUUAAUGCAAAAGAAGUUAUUUUAACACAAGAGUUAGACAGCAAAGAAGAAGUUAUCCUUUAUCUUUCAGAAGGAGUCCGCUUUUUUGUGGUGGAUUGUCGUCCUGCAGAACAGUAUAACGCUGGACAUUUAUCAACUGCUUUUCACUUAGAUUCAGAUCUGAUGCUCCAGAAUCCAUCUGAGUUUGCACAGUCAGUAAAAUCCUUGCUGGAAGCUCAGAAGCAGUCCAUUGAGUCCGGCUCCAUAGCUGGUGGGGAGCACCUCUGUUUUAUGGGCAGCGGCAGGGAGGAAGAAGACAUGUAUAUGAACAUGGUCCUGGCACACUUUUUGCAGAAAAACAAAGAAUAUGUGAGUAUUGCCAGUGGAGGAUUUAUGGCACUGCAGCAACACUUGGCUGACAUUAAUGUAGAUGGACCAGAAAAUGGAUAUGGCCACUGGAUUGCUAGUACUUCAGGCUCAAGGAGCAGCAUCAUUUCUUGUGUUGAUGGUGACUCUUCUAAUGGCUCAAAUGAUAGAGGAAUGAAAUCACUAGUCAAUAAAAUGACUGUGGCUUUGAAGACAAAAUCUGUUAAUGUCAGGGAAAAAGUUAUCAGUUUCAUUGAGAAUACAUCCACUCCUGUGGACAGAAUGUCUUUCAAUCUUCCUUGGCCAGACAGAUCAUGUACAGAGCGGCAUGUGAGCAGCAGUGACAGAGUGGGCAAGCCUUACCGUGGUGUGAAGCCUGUUUUCAGCAUUGGGGAUGAAGAAGAAUAUGACACAGAUGAAAUUGACAGUUCUUCAAUGUCAGAUGAUGAUAGAAAAGAGGUGGUAAACAUUCAGACUUGGAUAAACAAGCCAGACGUCAAACAUCAUUUUCCAUGUAAAGAAGUGAAAGAAAGUGGACACAUGUUUCCUAGUCAUCUGUUGGUUACUGCAACACAUAUGUACUGUUUAAGGGAGAUUCUUUCACGGAAAGGAUUGGCUUAUAUACAGUCUCGACAAGCACUUAAUUCUGUAGUUAAAAUUACAUCCAAAAAAAAACAUCCUGAGCUAAUUACCUUUAAGUAUGGAAAUAGCAGCGCUUCAGGAAUAGAAAUCUUGGCAAUUGAAAGGUAUUUGAUUCCAAAUGCAGGGGAUGCUACCAAAGCCAUAAAACAACAGAUCAUGAAAGUUUUGGAUGCUUUGGAAAGUUAAUAUAAAAUAAAAUUAUUUAAAAAGAAGUUAAGGCAACCAAGAGAAACAUGGAUGUAAAUACUUCCUGACUGAAUACUAACUGGAGACCUUUGAUUUGCUUGUGGGGAGUGCUUGAAAAGCUGGUCUAAGAAAGUGUAAAUUAUUGUAAUCAAUCUCUGGACAGUUAAACUUUUACAAAUUUUCUUCUGCAUUUUCUGUUUUAUAAAAUGAUUUAUUAUAAAGGUCAGUUACUAAAUAACCUUGGAGUAAUUGACCCUGUGCCCUUAGGGACACUAAGUAAGGAUAUGGAAUGCAGUUCUGUUUUGAAGAGCUGUUUUAACAAGCAUCACUUUCAGUUUAAAAACAACCAUACACAUGAAUAUUUGCAAUGUCUUCACUGAAAAUUAGAGAUAGAAUUAGUCGAAGAGACUUCUUUAAUUGCUACAUUUAGUUUUAUCCACUGAACACUAUCAGAAAGUUUAAAAACAUAGGUUAAUAAUUAGCUUGCUGUUUCUGUUCUUCUUAGAGUGAAAUCUUUUUAAAGAAAUGGGUAAAGAUUCCUGCCAAUUCAAGAUACAUUUCAGUUAGUGAAAUGUUGAAACAUCAAUUUCUGAAUAAUCUUUGCUUUAUUAGCUAAUUAUUUGGACAUUAAAUGCUGCAGAAAUACUAAACUUUAUUCUGAUGGUUUUUAAGGAGCAGUUAAAAGCAUAAUUAUUAGUAGGUAGGCAUGUUAAGAUGAAAAUUAACAUUUUAGGGACAGAAUUGUAUUUGUAAACAUGUCACUGGUCUUUAUUACAAGUGGAUUAUAUGAUUUAUAUUUCAGAACAAGUAUUAAGCACAUAUUGAUUUAUCCUCAUUGAGAUAAUGGUCUGUGACCACACUAAUAUCCACUUAAAUAAAAGCCAAAUAAUCAGAGAGCUAGAAGAACUAUAAUUGUUAUUAUCUUCACUUUCUGAAAUUUCUCUCUCCAGGUUUUGCCUUUUCAUUAAAGUUCCCAUAGUUUGAAACUAUUUUUAUUCUCUUAGUGUGACAAAACUGAAAAUUGUUCUGCUUUAUUUUGUAGCUUCUCAAUUUAAUUAAUGGUCCAUAUUAGACGCAUUUGGCAAGAGAGAUCCAGUAACACAUUUGGGGCAAUGGAAUGAAUUUUGGAAAAAUCGAUUUGGGAAAUAGCAAAUAUACUCCGCCAUAGCCUAAAAAAGUAAUGGAUUAUCUCUUAGGGGUUGAUAGGAGAAAUUUUUAGAUGUACCCUGUUAACAGCUGGCUAUUUUGAUUUACUUCUUGCAAAUCAAGUGAAUAAAAGGCAACAUAAUUCAGUAAGUUUUAUAAUAUUUACUAAAAACAGUUUGAAUGGUUGAAGACAUUUGCAUGAAAUUGCACCUGGUGCAAUACUUGAUAUAACUCUCCCCAAAAAUUGUUGUAUUGCAUUUUUUCCUUUUUUGGCACUCCUUUAAAUGCCCUGAAGUCUCAGUUUUUGCCCAUUUCAGUCUUGGGAGGUUUUUCAUAAUAUUAAUGUAAAGAUGUUUGUGUUACUGUUUAUAAAUUACAAUUGUAAAUAAAUCAGUACAAUUUGCUCAAAACUUUGUUCUUAAA